CAGCUGAGCCUGUGACCCAGGUUAGCUGCUCGGGAUCGAUUCCUGCUGCCUUGAGCAAAUCCUGAUUUACCUCCCUACAGGGUCUUGGGGUGAGUUCUGUGGAGCGUGGGAUUAGUCUCCGCUGUGAUGCAUCCUGGAAUAAUUUGGUAGAUACCGUCCGGGGACACCCGGACGACAUCCAAAAAAAAAAGUAGACGGAUAAUGGAAAUGCAGAAAUGGUAUAUAGAGUCCCGGAUAUCGGCAGAUAAUUGGCCAGCCUUCUUCCUGAUCAACAAUGGCGGUGUUGAACUUUUGCUUGGGACCUGCAAACGCAACUCUCCUCGUCCUAAACAGGAGACCCUUCUGGGGCACUCGCGAGAUCAAGCCGACGCUGUUCGCAGAAAGCAACUCGUGGCAUGUUCAACCAAGAGAAGCCUCAGCUUCUCGAUUGUUGCUUUGAUGUUGUGUCCUUCUCGCCGGAUUAGCGAUAGAGCCAUUGCCGAAGAGCUGGAGCUUGAAAUGUACACAGAUUCCAAGGAGGGUUUCUCUCUUCUCCGACCUUCUUCCUAUAUUAAGGUGGAUAAAGCAGGGGCAGCUGUUUUGUUUGAAGAGGUGAAUAGGAGUAGUAACAGCAUUGGGGUUGUGGUUAGCCCGGUUCGUCUCACGAGCCUCAAGGAAUUUGGGAGUCCUCAGUUUGUGGCGGAGAAGCUUAUCCAGGCCGAAAAGCGCAAGGAAAGUACGAAGGAUGCUGAGGUGAUUGCGGUCACAGAGAGGUCAGGCCAGGGAGGAUUACAAGUGUACGAGUUUGAGUAUAAAGUUGAUAGCACUAGGGGAGGAAUGAAGAGGAUCUUUUCUGCUGCAUUUGUGGCCUGGAAGAAGCUCUACCUCCUCAAUAUUGCUCACUCGGAGAAACUAGAGAGUCCUCUUGAAACCCGCACAAGAAUGAUGUUGGAACAAGUUCUCCAUUCCUUUGGUAUGGCAACAUUGACAUAAAUCAACACGAUAAGUGAUAUUUUGACAUGAUGACUUCAAGUUUCUUGGCUCGGCUUGAGCAUUUUAGGCACAAGGUCUGAGUUUGGUUCGCGAGCUUGUUGAUCAGAUUUGGCAAGUGCCUUGCAUGGUGUCUCCCUCAUUCAACAGUGUGCUUUCAAGUGUCACCUCUUGAUACAUCGCCAUUACUUCAGUGAUAGUAACAGUCUUGAAGAGAGUUGGCCUUAUGCCAUUAACCCGUCCUUUUCAACCAGUGAAGGCCCUUGAUUGCAUGGUGGUUAAUCACAUCUAAUGCUGCCAAGAUUGUGGAUUGAUGCUCAACUCAAACAAGAGUGGAAACACGGCAUGUUGAUCACUCCAGAAGGUUGGACUGAUGAGGUUAGAAAGGUUAAAAAAUGAUUUAUCAGAACAGAGGCUUGGAUGAAAGGGUUUACAGAUAAAGAAUUGAGGAGUAUAAGAACAUAGUUCGGCUACCAGUACUACAGGAGGCUCAUCCUAAUUCCUGCCCACAGAAAUUUUCAGUGUGCUGGGUGCACAUGAGUUGGUCACAUUACUGUCGUUCAUUUUUGUGGGUUGCACUUAUAUAAACGCACGGGACCAUCCAAAUAAAUGACAAUGAUGAGCCUGGUAUAAAACAUCGGGCAUACCGAAGGAUUUUGUCAUUAUAAGAGGACUCGAACUUUACCAUGGAAGCUCAGUAUUAUUUAUUUAUUUAUUUGGGUCUAUUGAACGCUUGUGUGGUCUAGAAUUUGUACUAUACAACAAUAGAUAAUUCAUCUCUUAUUUAGGCUUAUUUCAGUGUUUUGAACUGUACUGUUAAUGCCUGAAUAUUUUUUCAAUGUCAUCCGAUGUG